CCGUCCCAACACGAAUGAUUCGGAGGAGCCUUAGCCACCUUUCGCGCAAGCCUAUUGGCCAGCUGGUAAAAAAAGUCAAGGUUGUUGAAGUGGGACCAAGAGAUGGACUUCAGAAUGAGCAGAGGAUUGUUCCCACUGAAACAAAGAUCAGUUUGAUUGACAAGUUGUCAGAGACUGGCCUUCAGGCAAUAGAAGCAACCAGUUUUGUUUCACCCAAAUGGGUUCCACAGAUGGCUGAUCAUGAACAAGUCAUGCAAAGGAUAAAGAAAGUUCCAGGCAUUUCUUACUCAGUAUUGACCCCAAACCUCAAAGGUUUUCAAGCCGCGUUGGAAUGUGGAGUAAAAGAAGUGGCCAUUUUUGGAGCUGCCUCAGAGUCAUUCAGUAGGAAAAACAUCAACUGCUCCAUAUCAGAAAGCCUACAGAGAUUUGAAGUUGUUUGUGAAGCUGCAAAAGAAAACAACAUUCCAGUGAGAGGGUAUGUUUCUUGUGUAGUUGGCUGUCCAUAUGAGGGAUCUGUAGCUCCAAAGGCUGUAGCAAAGGUAACGAAGAACUUGUUUGACAUGGGGUGUUAUGAAGUUUCUCUUGGUGAUACAAUUGGUGUUGGAACUCCAGGUUCCACUCAAGCCAUGUUGGAGGGUGUUUUAGAGACAGUCCCAGUGAACCAUCUGGCUAUUCACUGCCACGACACAUACGGUCAGGCUCUGGCGAAUAUUCUCACUGCCUUACAACUGGGGCUAGGGACAGUAGAUGCGUCUGUCAGUGGUCUGGGUGGCUGUCCCUACGCACGUGGGGCAUCUGGAAAUGUCGCUACAGAAGAUGUGGUUUACAUGCUGCAUGGAAUGGGAAUUGAAACGGGAAUUAAUUUGAACAAAUUAGUGGACGCAGGACAGUUCAUCUGCCAAGCCUUGGAUCGUAAAACCUCCUCGAAAGUAGCUCAAGCGAGAACAGACGGUCAGGAAGCGAAAAGCUGAUGACAUAUCACAAGGAAGUGGCUGGUCUCAAUCUCAAUGUCUCUCCGUAAGGGUGUGACUUUCUCUAAGUGCUCAAAAUAUAUUUAUUUAAUGUUUAUUUGGAGAAUCUGGUGAUAAAUGAACCCAGAACAAUUUGGCCAAGUCGUAACGGGUUCGCAAGGUUUUCGCUCGACCGUUUGCGAGAUUUUUACAAUGGACAUGAACAUUUCAGGCACUAAACAGCCUACUAAGUAAUGAUUUCUCACGCUUGUUAACUAGAAAUUAACAAGAAACUUUUCCCACAAUGUCAACACAAUAUCCAACAGAGAAGUGACGAGACAAGGCAAUCCUGGUCGUUUAUGGUAUAACUGUUCUCCUUAUCAUAAAACUAACGGGUGGGUGGAUGUUGAAAGGAAAAGAUUAAUGUCAGAUAUCGUUAUUUGCUGGGCAAAGAUCAGCUCAUUACACGUUCAUGAUGGUCGCAGUAUAAAAAAAUAUUAAGUGCUAUCUAUAGUCUAUAACCUUUGUAACGACAGACCGGUACGUUACGAUUUUUUGCCAAGAAAAGUGAAGACCCUAUCAUCGUUGGUGAGUUUCAGUUGAAUAAAUUGUAGAAAAUGAGCCUGUUAA